AAAUCGAUUGAACUGUCAAGUGUUGACAGUGGGGCAACAACGAGUUGAGGUCACCGCAAUUGAUUGUUGACAAUAAUAGAUAGCGAUGUGUAUAAAUAAAGGCGAUUAUUGUUAAUAAAAAUGCAGAGUGAAUCAGAGGUCGGAGGUUAUGCGAAUUAACGCACCGAAGGAAUAUCUCGGCUGAGAGCGAGAAUAAGGAGAGUCGCGGUUUUAUUGCUCAUGCGUGCGGGCAGCGGAGAAUCCAAAAUAUAUAGAGUACAUGGAUGUGCAGUAGCGGUAGCGGUGGAUGAAAAGGUCAUGGGGGGAUGAUGGAUUCCUGAAAUCAGUAGUGCACGGUGCGACGAGGAUCGGGAUGAUGCGGAGUGUCUCGUCAGCUGUUCUACCUGGAAUAAUCCACUGAAGACUCCGAAGGGAAGACUCCUGGAAUGGUGGUGAUACAAUAAAUUCAAAAUGAAUAUAAUGCGAAAACUGAGGGGAGGUGUGGCAAACGCCGCAUCCUCCGCCUCUAACAAGGAGUCUUUGGAGAGCGCGGCGACGUCACCGCACACCCAGUUAGGAAUGAUGCAUCUGAAGAAGCUGUUCUCGGAGUACACGCAUCCGCCCCAUCCCCUGACGGAAGCCGAGAAGGAGGAUAAGCUUUACAAUAUGCUUCCCCUGUUCUGCAAGGUUUUCGGGUCGAGUCCGUCCUGCGACAUGAACGAAAAGUUCUGGGACAUCCUCGGCUUUUGUCUGCAAGUCUCUCUAUUGAUGGUGUCGGAGAUAAGGAAGCGAGCGUCUAACCAGAGCACCGUAGCCGCAAGCAGCGCGAUUGCCAAAUUCCUGGAGAUCGAAAACUGCGAGGAAUCGAGCAACGGUUGGAUGCUCCUAUCCACUUUAAAUCUGCUGGCAGCGGGCGAUUCGACUCUAGUGCAGAUCAUGUCUGAGGUCUCGGUGCCGUCGACUCUGGUGAAAUGCUUGUAUCUGUUCUUCGAUUUGGCCGAGAUUCCGGACGAGGAAGCGAACAGGAAGGAUGCCAACAGCGAUUUCACCCCGAAGGAACGUCGCAUCCUGUUGCAGAAGAUCUUCGUGCAGCUUCUGGUGCGGCUGUGCAGCCACAAAGUUCCUGCUGAGGAACUGGCGAGGAAGGACGAUCUUACUCUACUCUUCUCGGCGAUAACUUCGCCCUGUCCUCACUACAAUUUCAUGUGGCGGAAGAGCGCCGCCGAAGUAUUGAUGACUCUCUCGCGGCACGGCCUCUCGCCCCCCGUCGUCGGCUACAUCCAUUCGAAAGGUUGCGUGGCGAUUUGCAUGGAUAACAUGCAAGGUAUGCCCGAUCUGGCACCUCUGGAGCUCGUCGAGAUGUUCGUCACGGUGUUCUGCUUCCUCAAGGACUCCAGCGAAGUCUCCUCCGUUCUUUUGGACGAUUUCCGUCAAGCCCAAGGAUAUUUAUUUCUGUCUGAUAUUUUAUUAAAGUACGAAACCGGCGAUCACGCUACGACCAAGCUCACAUUCCGAAAUCCUUCUUCCAGACUCGAAAACGAAGCAGCCACCGAUUCGCAGGAGGCCAUCAGGAAUUUAGUGCUGAUGGUCACGUCUCUCUGCAUGUGCGGCUUUAUGGAGCUGAAACCGUCUCAGGCCUCCACGGGCUCUCUAUUCCAGAUGCACGGAUUCUCGUUGCCACAGCCCUCAGGUCGUGGGACUAGCGUUCGCAACAUCCAGGCUUUCCACGUCCUUCAGACCACCUUCAUCAAGUCAUCCUCACCGAUACUGUGCGCCUCGAUCCUGGAAGCCAUCUCGAGCAUCUAUCAUUCGGACAACGCCAACUAUUUUAUCCUCGAGAACCAAAAUACUCUCAGCCAAUUCUUAGAAAAAAUCCAUUACAAAUCCCCCGAGAUCCAGGAGAAACUCUUCGAGCUGAUCGAAUUCCUGGUCUUUCAAUUGAACUUUGUCCCCUGCAAAGAGCUAAUAUCCAUGUCGAUUUUCCUGAAGACGCACAGCCUCAACCACGUAGACUGCAGCAUCAAGUGCAUCAGAGUGCUGAUGAACGUGCUCAAGCACAACGUGAUCUUCAAAGAUGUGUAUCGUGAGGUCGGUAUGCUGGAGGUCUUCGUGACUUGUCUGAACCGAUACACAGAUUUGCUGAAGAUCCGCAAAAAAGCACACGAUUGUGGAAAUGAAUACAACUUAUCGACGGAACAGGAGAGAUUUGGAUCAAUGGUGAUAGAAAUUCUGACAACGCUGUUGAGCGCGAACACCGCAAACGCUAAUGUCUUGCGGGAAUCCGGCGGAGCGCAAUGUCUGCAUGAGCUGGUUACGUUCUCCGAAUGCAGACAGAACGUUUUAGGUAUUAUUAGAGAACUCGUGGUUUCGACUGGCGGAGAGGAGGAUAUGAGCCAGCUUUUAGGCACUCUGCACUCGACGUCGCGUAAUCAAUUGCAGUUGAAGACUGACGUAUUAAAAGCUCUCUUGCUGUGCCUGAGGGAUUCGCAUAGAACGCGAACUGUUUUCAGAAAGGUCAACGGAUUCAUUUACGUUACGAGCGUUUUGGUUGCUUUGGAAGGAAAGCUGACAAUCAGGAAACCGAACGUCGAGAUAUUAACGCUCUUGAACAUCGUAUUUUACACAAUAAGCACGGCGAUGCGCUUCGAACCGGCGAACGCCAAGUUCUUUUACCACGAGAUAUGCAUGACAAGCCUUUGUGAUACUUUGAGGCUCCUCGGGUGUUUUACCACACACAAAGUCGAUCAGCUCAGCGAUAGCAAGGAGGAGGCUCCGAACUCGGACUUUCAGGAUUUAUAUCAUAAUCUAUUCAUUGGCAACAUCAUCAACCCAGAGAUUCCAGACGAUAUACCGUGCACUUUGGCGUACGCUACGAUGAUUUUUCGAUUACUUUACGACGUAGCUUUAGACCUUUUUGAUAAACCGAAUUUAUCCGCAGAGAACUUGACCAAAACCCCUUCGCUGUCGAAGCAAGUGUCCAUGGAGCGAUCAAACAGCUCGGGUUACGGAAAGCGUUCAGCCGUGAACUCUUUGAAUUUAAAUCCGCCGACGCCCGAUCCGAUUAUCGUGCAUCCAGGGGUCGUUGUCGUCAUGCUGCAGCUUCUGCCCUGCCUCGAGUCUCAGGAGGAUGCAUCAAAGUGCCUGGCCCUUCAGUACUACGUAGCGGAGAUCAUAAAAUCGUUGGUGCGAAGCGAAAGAAACCAGCAAAUCAUGUGCGACAGCGGCUUCGUCAACCAUCUGCUGACCAUCGGCUCUGUUCCGCUGCAGAACGAGAAUCAUCCGCUGCAUUCGCCGCUCCAAUACAUGCUGGAAAGACUAGCGGCUCAAGCCCUCGAACCUACGGAUUUACGUAAUUUCUUGCGUCUCGGGAAUCCACUCUCGUGUUUACCAUUGAGCUCCGCUGUGGCGGGAGGCGGUCCGGUCCCUUUGACCCGCAUCAAGACAAUCGUAUCGAUGACUACACCCAAAGACUUCAGGGCGCAAAGCAUAUGCAUGUUACCGCCCUUCGUCGAGUUCGAUAUGAGCGCCGAAGGAUUCGGUUGCCUGUAUUUGCCCAGCAUCGCUCCGCAAUCCCCGAACGCCCCGAGCGUAGUCAGCAUAGAUAACGCUAUCCUGGGUGGAAUCGGUGCAGGCGACAGGAUCUUCCCACCGCAAACUGGUCUCACGUUUUCCACGUGGAUAUGCGUCGACAAGUUCUCCGAUCCUCGCACAGAUCCGCACUGCGUGAGAUUGCUGACUCUGCUGAGGAGUUUGAAUAAUGCCAAAGAUGAUCAUCUAGUUUGUUUAUCCAUAGUCCUCUCGGCCAGAGAUAAAGCCAUCAUUGUUUCCACCCAAGAGACCCACAUACCUAAUCAUGUCGGAGAAUGGGAACCGGAAGGUUCGGGAGAACACGGUACAAGAGUAUGGUGUCCGGAUAUCCUGCAGGAGGGCCAGUGGCAUCAUUUAGUAGUAGUUCUCAAUCGAGCAGUACUGAAAAACUCGUCGUUCUCUCUAUAUCUGGAUGGACAACAUAUGCAGUCGCAUAAGCUCCAUUACAUCUCGCAGAAUCCCGGAGGAGGAAGCACUAAUUUAACGGUGGCAACCUCGGUUUACGGAUUCAUAGGAACACCGCCCGCCUGGAGACGUUACUCGAAGCUCUGCUGGAAGCAAGGUCCAUGCCAUUUAGUCGAAGAGGUUUUGAAUCCGACUACGGUCAACCAAAUCUACCAACUGGGACCACACUAUAUGGGCUCUUUUCAAGCGCCUUCGAAUGGAUCGAACUCGGAGCUCAUCCAAUUCGUCAGCGAGGAGAAGGUCAUCUUCGGACUGAACGCCAAAGCCGUUUCGCAAUUAACUUUGAGCAAGAUUCGCAAAGUGUACAGCCGCACCGAUAACAAAUCAAUUGCCAAACAAUUGGGGAUGUCCAGUCACGAGAACGCAACUCCUAUAAGGAUCUUGCAUAACAGCGCUGGACACUUGGCCGGAUCGUCGAGGAGUUUAGGAGGUGUCGUUAUUGGUUAUAUUGGAGUUAGAGUGUUUUGUCCGAGGCCGGUGGUGACUGUGGUGGAUUCCGUGGGUGGUUGUUCAGUAUUAUUAGGAUUGAUAGCCAUGGCUCAAGAUAUAGAAAGCCUCUACGCCAGUGUCAAGGCUUUGGUGUGCGUCGUACGGAGUAAUUCGGUUGCUCAAGCAGAAAUGGACAAGAGACGCGGUUAUCAAACUUUGGCGAUGCUUUUGAGGCGCAAGAAACCUUUACUGAACUCGCACAUCUUGCAUUUGGCGUUCAGUUUGGUCGGAACAGUGGACAGCGGACGCGAAACCUCAACUAUACCAAACGUCCCAGCUUUUCAGGAUCUUUUAUGUGAUCUUGAUGUAUGGCAUGAAGCUCCGGGAGAGCUACUGCGUUCUCACUUGGAGCAUUUGUACGAGUUGGCAGCGGAAUGCAGCGAGAAGAGAAACAAUACUUGGAUGAUGCGUGAUUUGAACUUGGUAACGAAAUUGUUGCAUAUAACACCAGAAGUUAAGCACUUCGCUACUCGCCAAGUACUCUUUUCGUUAUUAACCACGCUGUUGACUGGACAACCUAAGCAGAGCGAUCUUCUUUGGUACGGUCAAUUCGUGGCCUCUACAUUGCCCAUACAAACGAUGGAUCGAUUCGAAAGGGAAAUCGAAGAUGAAAAUGUUUUGUUGCGAAACAGAUGCUUAACACUGAUACACACCAUCCUGUUCACUAGCAAGAAUGCGGUGAGCUUGAUGGUAUGCGAUGAAUUGGCCAAAACUUUGGGCUACGAUUGGAUUCUGCUCUUCCUGCAACCCAAUCUGCAUUCCAGCACAGUCAUUUUAGGAAUGCGCAUUCUCGUGGUCAUGUGCUCCGUUCCUGCAUUGCUUAAUCGUUUUAGAGAAGGCAACAGUAACGGCGGUUGGUUACGACACACGGAACUUGUGACGCACAGCAAGAUGUCAAUGAUGUUGGGCUACCAAAUAAAGACCUCAUCGUUUUCCUCGCCGGAUGCCAAAGCCGAAACGCUGCACGUGCCCGGGUUCCAAUACUUGGGAUGGCUUCUGCCAUCCCAAGUUGAAAUUUCAGAAAUAUACUAUUUACUUACUGCUCUAGUCAUGGGGCAACCGGCCAAGCAUUUGCCCAGCGAAUCCAAAUUCGAUUUGGAUACAGUUUGGAGUUUCCUUUGGGGUACUUCUGUUAAUAACCAACCAGUUAGCAGCAUCGCCCCCAGAGUGAAUCUUUGUCCGGAAGCCAUCGUGGCUCUUCUAGGGAUGGCCAGAACUAUGGUGCACAGUGACCAAAACGUUCUACCGUUCCCUUUGAAGAACCACUCUAUAUCGAUCAUCCAAGUUUUGUUCCAACUUUACCACAACAUGCCAGAAUUCAUGCCAAUCUUCAUGUCCGCAGAAGUCCUCUCCGCUUUAGCCGGAGUGAUAUUCACUCCAGUGAAUCCGGAGAGCAGCAACAGCAGCGGAGCUUCGACUCCCGACGAAUGCGAGACAAUCGUGAUGGUACCUAGAUCACCCACGGAACCAUCCAAUUUAACGACACAUCCCGCACGACAAUUCGUCAUCGAUUUCAUCCGGGUAAUCGUCGUGGAUUCGCUGAGUCUGAACAUGUCUGGAAAGUCUGCAGUUAUCGAUUUAGUGUUGGACGCGUAUCCGGAAAACUCGUCCAUCACUCAACAGUCUUCGUAUCAGACGGAGAUUUUGGUAACUCUGAUGGAUCAUCUCUUGGCUGCCGAUAUGCUGGUUGGGGAUCAAGCUGCGAUCCCGAUUGUUCCAUUACCGAACGCUCACGUGCAGCACGUCGCUCCGAACGUCUUCUAUUUAACAUCGAGAAUCGUUGAUAAACUGUGGCAGGGCAUUCUCAACAAAGAUCCUCACGAAGUAUUCGAUUUCAUCGUUAAACUUAUCGGACAGGCGAAACAACGGUCCGGAAAUCUGGUGUUGGAAUGCCUUUAUCACUGCUUGAAUCGCAGCAUUCUUUUCUUACUCUCCAGACCCACCGAUAACAUCGCCGAUCAGAUGUCCGUGCUCGAGGCUUUGCACAAACUGACUACAAAUAGGCUCACCGUCUUCGGAGCUGGAAAUCACGAAUUGGAUUUCGUCGGGUGUCUGUCCUAUUGUUUGUUGCAGUUAACCGCUGACAUGAAGAUCAUGUUAGAUGUUAACAUGAGAACUACAUGGCACGUGAAUCCGAGCAGCGAUUUAGAAUCACAGGACGAUCAAUUGAACGCACAUCAAGGUAGAAAUUUGAUGGCCGGAGCGGCGUUAAGAGUCUGGGAGGAAUUGUAUGUGUGCAAGAAACCGGCGAUUGAAGAGGUUUUCAAGAUCACAUUGGUAGCACCCUCUCCCACAUCUAAAGCCCCUGAAUUAACGAUCGUCAGAGAACAGAUCUUCGAAGCAGCGAUGAAAGUUUGGCUUAAUUACAUCGAGUCAGAAAGGAAAGCCAGCUAUAGGGUUCCAUCCGAGUUACAAAACCAAAUCCAAUCUAAAAUCCAUAAAGUUACAGGCGGAUUAACUCGAUUAGCUAGUAGGACCAAAGUCCGAAAAGAUGAUAUCGCUAAGAUAACAGUGAAAGUGAACAGGAAACGAGCCAUGUCUUCGGUGUUUACUCAUAUCAGUUUAAUAAAAGAAUUAGCGGAAAUUAGACGCAAUCAACAUACGACCAUGGCGCAGCACAUGCAACGAUACGUUCAUCAAGAAUGGCUGCAAACAGAAACAGAGUUGACCAGAGAACGAGGAUUGUGGGGAUCUCCUCUUCCCUGCUCUUUGGACAAAUGGAUGCUGGAUAUGACUGAGGGACCUCAUAGGAUGCGCAAGAAAACAAUGAAAAACGAUCUCUUUUACCUACAUUAUCCAUACAGACCCGAAUACGAGAAGGGACUUCUCAAACAUAAAGUUGCGACUAGCCAUCACAGCAAAGAGUACUUUACGGCUGUGCAGAAACGGCAAUUGCACGGAGUUAGCGGAUUAUCGGAUCUCGAACGAGCGGAUAGUAUUUGUGAAGAAGCUAGUCCCAUACCGACUAUGCAAACGUUGCCACAUUUGGCUCGUCUCAAAUCCGAUCCGGAUGAUCAACAAGAUGAUGCCGAAACUGAGGAGGAACAGCAACCUCCUCCUGAUAUACAAACAGUAUUGAGGCUUCUCGAGGAGAAUGAGAAGAUCUCUUACAUGUUCAGGUGCGCUCGCAUUCAAGGCUUAGAUACGAUGGAAGGUUUAUUGCUCUUUGGACAAGAGCAUUGUUACGUUGUGGAUGGGUUCACUUUGCUGAAGAGCAGAGAGAUCAGAGAUAUCGAAGCUGUUGCGCCGCACGGAUAUGAACCGAUAUUACCGAAUCCCGGAUCACCCAGAAGGUCUAGGUCUAUGAGGCAGUGCUCCAAAUUCUCUUACGAGGACAUAAGGGAGGUGCACAAGAGGAGAUAUCUGUUGCAACCUAUGGCUUUGGAAGUGUUCUCGCGUGACGGAAGGAAUUAUUUACUUGCUUUCCCCAGGAAGGUCAGGAACAAGGUCUAUCAAAGAUUCAUGGCAACCGCAACGGGUAUAGCAGAUAACGCACAACAGUCCGUCGCCGGACAGAAAAGGACUGCCAAUGUCGAACAAGCAGCUGGAAUUUUAUCGAAUUUGAUCGGGGAAACUAGUGUUACUCAACGAUGGGUGCGUGGAGAAAUCUCCAAUUUCCAAUACUUGAUGCAUUUGAACACCUUGGCCGGUCGUUCGUAUAACGAUCUAAUGCAAUAUCCAGUAUUCCCCUGGAUCCUAGCCGAUUACGACAGCGAAGAGUUGGAUUUGAACGAUCCAAGCACAUUCCGCGACUUUACCAAACCGAUGGGUGCUCAAAGUCCCGAACGAUUGGAGCAAUUCAAGAAGAGAUUCAAGGAAUGGGACGAUCCGCACGGAGAAACGCCUCCUUACCAUUACGGAACGCAUUACUCGAGCGCGAUGAUUGUCUGCUCGUACCUAGUGCGAAUGGAACCAUUCACGCAACAUUUCUUGAGGUUACAAGGAGGUCACUUCGAUCUUGCCGACAGGAUGUUCCACUCUAUAAAAGAAGCCUGGUACUCCGCCUCGAAGCACAACAUGGCUGACGUCAAAGAACUUAUCCCGGAAUUCUUCUAUUUACCCGAAUUCCUCGUCAAUUCCAACCAAUUCGAUUUGGGCUCCAAACAAAGCGGAGUCUAUCUUGGAGACACGGUUUUACCACCGUGGGCGAAGCAGGAUCCACGCGAAUUCAUCCGAGCUCAUCGCAUGGCCUUGGAAUGCGAUUACGUCUCGCAACAUCUACACCAUUGGAUCGAUUUGAUCUUUGGGUAUAAGCAGCAAGGAAUGCAAGCGGUCGACGCUGUUAACGUUUUCCAUCAUCUGUUCUACGAAGGCAACGUCGAUAUUUACAACAUCGACGAUCCUCUGAAGAAAAACGCCACCAUCGGGUUCAUAAAUAACUUCGGACAAAUACCCAAGCAGCUUUUCAAGAAGCCACAUCCAUCCAAGAAGAUGGGAGGCGGAAACAACCGAAGCUCUGUCAUCGAUACCGGGGCUCUGGUGCAAGCCUUCAGUUUGCCACCACCUGAAAGGUUGUUCUUCCAUCACUUAGACAAUCUUCGACCUUCAUUACAACCAAUUAAAGAGGUGAAGAGCCCAGUUGGACAAAUUUUGCACAUGGAUAAAACCGUCUUGGCUGUCGAACAAAACAAAGUGCUGAUCCCACCAACGUACAACAAAUACGUCGCUUGGGGUUUCGCCGAUCACUCUUUGCGCAUCGGUCAUUACGACAGCGACAAAGCCAUCUUCGUGAGCGAAACUGUAGUGCAAAACAGUGGAGAAAUUGUAGCUUGCGUUUGUCCCUCAUCCAAAAUGAUCGUGACUGCAGGCACCAGUUCGGUGGUUUCCAUCUGGGAAUACGAGGCUCGCAAGAAGCAACUGAGCAUCAAGCAUAGUUUGUACGCGCACACCGAAGCAGUCACUUGCCUCGCAGUUUCUCCAGUCUACAAUGUCAUCAUCUCUGGAUCGCGCGAUUCCACAGCAAUCGUAUGGGAUUUAUCGAGAGGUCUCUUCGUCAGGCAGUUACGAGGUCAUGCUGGACCCGUAGCCGCAGUGGCCGUAAAUGAUUUAACAGGAGAUAUUGCGACUUGCGCUGCAACUUGGCUGCAUGUUUGGAGCAUAAACGGUGAUGAAUUGGCUUGCGUUAACACUUGCGUGGGAACCGCCGAUCGAAUGCAGCAAAUCUUGUGCGUUGCCUUCUCGCAAACUCACGAAUGGGACGCAGCUAAUGUCAUCAUGACUGGUUCAACUGAUGGAGUUGCUAGGAUGUGGUCUAUGGAUUAUGUGCAAGUGCCGCAAGACGAUAAAGAAGCGGGAUGCAGCGCGAAGAGUACUCCCACUCACAAAAACUCGGAGGAGCAUAAGCCGUUGCAUAAUAGGCUCGUGAAGCAAGUGAACGUGUUCCACGAUUCGUGCUCGUUGACGAAAUCCGGUUCCGAGAACAGUCUUUCGGAUGGAAGCAAAACUGACUCGCCUAAAUCGAAGUUAGACGGGUGCAGCAGCUCCAAAGAGUGGAGGACCGAGCUGGAGGACGAGAAGGAGACUUGCAGCGAUACCGAGGAGGCAUCCAAGCCUCCGGUUCCGGUCAGAAGACGCAGAUCUCGCGUUCACGUCGGACUCACGAAAAGUGAAGGCGGAAACAGCGCCGACAACGACAGCUUGGACGUGGACGACGGAUCCGGAAUUAGAACGAGCAAAUCGGAUACGAGUCUCACCGAUUCGUUCAUUAUGGUCUCGGAGAUUAAGAAGAAAGCGACGAAUCCUUUGCACGCCCUUCGCUCCGGCUUCAAAUGGCAGAGGCAACUCGUAUUCAGAAGCAAGUUGACCAUGCACACGGCUUACGAUCGAAAGGACAACGCCGAACCAGCGUCAAUUACAGCCCUCGCAGUUUCAAAGGAUCAUCGCACUGUUUACGUGGGAGACGCAAGAGGAAGGGUGUUCUCUUGGAGCGUCUGCGAAGUGCCGGGAAGAGCUGCAGACCAUUGGCUGAAGGACGAAGGUGCCGAUUACUGCGCCGGAUGCAACGUCAAGUUCACGAUCUACGAAAGGAAGCAUCACUGCAGGAACUGCGGCCAGGUUUUCUGCUCGAAAUGCAGCCGCUUCGAAAGCGAGAUAUCCCGUUUGCGUAUCCUGAAACCGGUGAGGGUGUGCCAAAGCUGUUACGCCCUCUUGAAAACAGAUAAGUAAAAACAACCAGUAGAAAUCCAAAUAAUUAAUGAAUAUGUAUAACUCCAUAUCUAAAUAUUAUAUGAAAAAAAAUAUAUGUAUGUAUAAUCGUGAUUAAAUGUAUUGACCUGUAGAUAUGGAAUAUAUAUAUGUAUGUAUGUAAAAGAAGAGAAAGAAUAUUCGUUUAGUAUUAAAAUCUGUAUUACUUUCGUUUUAUUAUUAUAUUUUUUUUUAAAUAUUAUGUAUAUAAUCAGAUGUCUAAUGCUAUAACAAAAAUAUAUAUAUUAGCGAAUGUAGUUGGAAGAACUCUAUCGAAACCUAUAUGUGUGUAAUAAUAAUAAUAUUGUGUUAUUAUUUUCAAUUAUUAUUAUUUGUU